GAUCCAAGGGAGGUGGGAGGUGGGUGGGAGGUUUCGAAGACAUGGUAAGACAAGAGUCAGAGCCCUUGAAAGACUCGAGGUAUUAUAAGGCAGAUUGCAUCUGUCUUCAUCAUUUGAUGACUGAGGCCAAAGCGCUGAAGUCUGGAUGGUAUGCGGAGCUGUUGUAUGAAGAUGAUGCACGCGCGUUUAGGAUGGAAGUAUCGCGAUGCACUCCAACACACCAAGCUGCCACAAGGCUGUGCAAAUCAAAUAUUUGAAGGAAAGUUAUCGCCAGCGCGCGCAUUGGCCUACUAGGCUGCGCGUAUAACGUUUCCUAAAACGAAGCCUGCGUACCCAAAUAUACCUGUGGUCUCUUGCGCGGAAAUCACACACGAGGCCGCUCGUCAAUCAAGUCAUGCUGUGUCAUGUGUUACUUCCACAGAUGGACGCGAAAUCAAACGAGCAAGUGAUGGGGAAGCUCUUCCGUCUGUACGCCUUAGGUGAUACCUGGUUGACUGGCAUUCACCUUGACCGCCUGUGUGUUUUCUGGUUUAGCGCUACUUAAAGUGGAUGCUUGUCCGUGGUGAUGCAGCACGGCAAGAACGCAUGAACAGGAAUCAUGGCUCGAAUAAAGAUGUGUCUAUUCGUUUGCAUAUACGCGCUGUCUUGAGAGGCUGGAAGGAAUAUACGGAUGAGAUUGAAUUCAUUGGAGAUGGUACUAAGGUCACGGUCAGGAGCGAGGCUCCAGGCGUAUGAGCAAGAGAGGCUUUGGGAAGAUAUGAU